CGCGGCGGCCGGUGGUUCCGCCGUGUGUGUGUGUGUGUGUAUGUAUGUGUGUGUGUGUGUGAGUGUGACACUGCCCGGACAGACAGAGAGCGGGGACCCCGUGUCGGGGGGAGGAAACACUUUCUCCGCUUCUGCUCAGGAUUGAAGUGGACCUAGGGAUGAAUGGAUGACUGAAUAUUCAUAUGAAGAGGAAAGCCAUAAAAGACAUCAGCGCCUUUGAGAACAGAAUGUUAAUGCUUGAUGGGAUGCCGGCAGUCAGAGUCAAAACAGAGCUGCUGGAAUCUGAGCAAGGGCAGUCUCCAAACGUCCACAACUACCCAGAUAUGGAAGCUGUACCCUUGUUACUAAACAACAUGAAGGCAGAUCCUGUGGAGGAUUCAUUAUCUACAGACCAUUUUCAAACACAGACUGAACCAGUGGACUUGUCAAUAAACAAAGCCAGGUCAUCCCCUACAGCAGCUUCAUCUUCACCGGUUUCCAUGACAGCAUCUGCCUCAUCCCCUUCUUCUACUUCUACUUCUUCUUCUUCUAGUCGACCAGCUUCAUCACCCACGGUAAUAACAUCAGUAUCCUCAGCAGCGUCUGUACCGUCAGUAUUAACUCCAGGUCCUCUUGUGGCCUCUGCAUCUGGUGUUGGAGGCCAGCAGUUUUUGCACAUUAUCCAUCCAGUACCACCUUCAAGCCCCAUGAACUUGCAGUCCAACAAAAUGAGUCACGUGCAUCGUAUCCCCGUGGUGGUACAGUCGGUACCUGUUGUCUAUACAGCUGUGAGAUCACCUGGGAAUAUGAACAACACUAUAGUAGUACCGCUGUUGGAGGAUGGGAGAAGCCAUGUCAAAGCACAAAUGGACCCCCGAGGCCUAUCUCCCAGACAAAUUAAAAGUGACAGUGAUGAUGACGACCUGCCAAAUGUGACCUUAGAUAGCGUUAAUGAAACUGGAUCUACAGCGCUCUCCAUAGCCAGAGCAGUACAAGAAGAGAGCAUGUGGGGCUGUGCCAGGUCAGCUGUUAACCCUUUUCGUUUUUUCAACUCCAGUUCAAUUUCACCGUUCAGUAUUGAGAGCACAAGGCGUCAGAGGAGGUCUGAGUCUCCAGACUCCAGGAAGCGGCGCAUCCAUCGGUGUGACUUUGAGGGAUGUAACAAAGUAUACACAAAAAGUUCCCACCUGAAGGCUCACCGGAGAACGCACACAGGAGAAAAACCCUACAAAUGUACCUGGGAAGGCUGCACCUGGAAGUUUGCUCGCUCCGACGAACUGACGAGGCAUUACCGCAAGCACACAGGAGUGAAGCCAUUCAAGUGUGCAGACUGUGACCGCAGCUUUUCCCGCUCAGAUCACUUGGCGCUCCACCGCCGCAGGCACAUGCUGGUUUGAGAAACAUUACCUGUUCCAGCCGAGUUUAAGAGCUGGGUCUCUUAACUACCUGGAGUGAAUUCAGCGGGGCUGAAUCCCUCUACAGUGUUAACAGGCAGGGCUUUCCCUAAUGUCUGUAACAAAAAAAAUAAUAACAGAAAUUAAAACUAAAGCAGGAAAAGAAGUGCCACUCUUCUCCUCACCAUCUGGUUAGCCCCAUGUGCCCCUCAGCAUGGCUAUCCCCUGAAAGUGUCAUCACAAUCACCUGGGAAAUAGCAGCCGAAAUGCUACAGGAAUGGGCAUUAUUCUACAUGCUGCAUCCUUUGACAAAAAAAUGUUUAUAGCUUGUAUGUUUUCUCAGCUGUCGGACAUUUGGUUCCUGAAAAAUCACUGAUGAUUGGAGGAUUAGAUACAACAAACCGAUGAUGAUAAUGAUGAUGAGAGCAAGACCGCUAGACCUUUAUUAUCCCAUCUUUUCCUCUUGUUUUGAAGACCAUCUGGCCAGUGUCAGCAUUACACCCGAGCUGUGCUGCAGACAGGCUGCGUGUGAGUAGGCAAGAAGAUUCCGCUGGAGAGGUCCCACUAUCGGAGCUGGAGAGUUGCCGGAGCAGACUUUCGCAAUAACAGUGGUGGCAUUUUAAUAUUGUACCACAAUUUGUCAUUAUGCCCUAAAGGACACCAGCCAUUUAACUUUUUUCCUUUAUCUUUUCUUUUUUGUCCUUUCUUUUCUUUUUUUUUUUUUUUUGUUGUUGUUGAAGUUCGUAAAAUAAACAAGGGGCAGCAGCAUUUCUGCUGUAAGUACAAUAUUAAGUAUCUGCAUUUUACCAUGGACUUAUUUAGAACUGUUUUCUGAUUUGUAUAGAAAGAGAUCACCUAAAAACUACUACUCCAUUCUUGAUAUCAAGUUUUCUUUUGUGCAGGUAUCCUCUUGCCCUCGACCAUUAUUUGAACACAAGGAAAUAGUCUGAUCUUAUACUUGCUGGUACCAAGGUUAAUGGUGUAGCCGUUCAGGAAAUGGAAUUGAAUGUAACAACAAAACAGAAGAAACAGCUAUUGCAGAAAAAAAAGCAAUAAUGAGUAAAAUGGCUCUCGAGACAAUAAUUUACUCCACACCAAGAUUGGAGUGUAUGUAAAAUAGCACGUAAGAUCAUUUACGUUCAUCUUUCUGAUGGUUUCACUGACCUGCUAGGUACAACAGUUAAGUACUUUUACUUCCUUCAACAUAAUACUUGUGUCUGGAAAGCAAGAAAGAUAAAGGAAGGAGCUGAUUGUUGAGGAGUCAGUGGAUGAACUGUACGUAGGAAGGAGAAAUGGUUCUGCAGUGGUGCUCUGCAAAACAUUAGGUUUCUCCCUGGGAGUUAGGGAAUAACAAGAUUUUGCCAGCUGUCUAGUACGAUAUAAAUGGCCCAUUAUAUGGGUACCAGUGGCUGCCUCUGCUGGGAUUUUCAAUCCAAGCCUUUUCAGAUUAAAUAAAAGGAAACUCUUGAUCGUUCCCAUACAGCCCUAUAAUUGUGAACCAAUUUGUAUUAAUUGAAUUAUGCAGGAAAGAGAGAAACUCUUAGUCAUCAGUUGUUCAUGCAAAUGGACUAGUGUUUUUCUGUUUUCUUUCUUCACAAGGAUCUGCCUAUUCAGCUAAAUUUGAUAAAGAGGAGACUUGGCAAGAUUUUUUAAGUGUUGAGAUUUUUAUAGCUUAGAGAUGAAAGAUGUAUACAUAAAGGUCUUUUGCAAUCAUUUAAUUAUGAAUAUUUGGUUCCAGGAAUUGCACUGAUUAAACUUGUGAUGCCACUUGUUCAUUUUUAAAUGUUUGAACAGUCUGAAUUAAUUUCUGAUCCCUGAAGUAACCAUAGUAAUUUUGGUGGGAUUCUGAUAUCAAGGUAAUCUUUUAGAAAAAACAGCACAGACUGCCCAUACAAAUGCUGAAAAGAACUGAAAUUAAUUGAGGAUUAAUAUGACUGGGAUAUUUUAUAACAGCAUUCACAGGCCCCUGAGUUUGACUGUUCUUUAAAUACAUUCUUAAUGUUCCCUGAUACCGGAUAGUUUAUCAGCUCUCUGAAAGAAGAACUUCAGUACUGUUAAAG